AUGACGCCUAGAAUGGUGUACAAGUGGUAUACCGUUGUUUAUAAUGUUUCGUUCUUCGUGGGCCUUUUAGGCUACGGUACGAUUUUAUUCGUAUUUUUUGGCUUUGCUGCGCUGUUCUCGGCUGGUCCAGGAUUGAUGCAGGCAGGCAUCUUACUGUUGAGCUAUGGUCUCUAUUUCGGUGUGCUUAGUAGAGAUUUUGUUGAAAUUUGCUCGGACCGCAUGGCAUCCACUAUUGGCUAUUUCUCAAAGGAUGGACUCCCGAGCAAGCAUUUGAGCGAGAACAUUUGUGCUGUGUGUGGACAAGCAACCUCUUCCACAACAGGCACUUUAACCGAAGCACCACAACGUGCCAUGUUCGAAGAUGAUGCCGUCCAUCAACUUGCUUGCAAACACGUAUUUCACGAGAAAUGUAUUCGUGGAUGGUGUCUGAUUGGCAAAAAAGAUAUUUGCCCCUAUUGCAAAGAGAAAGUGGAUCUGAAGCAAUUCAAGAAGAAUCCAUGGGAUACACAGCAACAGUUAUAUCUAAAUAUUCUUGACGGCGUCCGUUAUCUGGUGGUGUGGCAACCUGUAAGUUGUUAUGGCAGGAAAGUUCAGGCACAUCUUUCUAAUCAUUUUCCGGUUGACAGAUUAUUUUUGGUGCCGUUCAACUUUCAUAUUACAUCUUUGGCUUAG